UCCGAUUCCAAUUUUGAACCAUUUCCCUCUUAAAAAUCCUGGCUACACUCCUGAUUAUAAAUAAUGUCAUUUUUUUAAUUUCGCCUCUUUACCAUAUUUCGGGGCUAUAUUGUUGUCAGAUUUUAUCUGAGCUGUUAUCGCUUCUUUGAACUGUUACAAAAUUUUGAGUUCGUAUUUGAAAAGUAUUCGAAUAGCUCGCGGAGCCCCUGGGUUUCUCUCGCGGAGCCCUGGGGCUCCGUACAGAGCACUUUGAGAACCUAUGCCUUAUGGUGACAAAUAUUGGAUCUUGUAAUUUAUGAACGGUCACAGUGUUAGAAAAAAAUAGCAGAACUCUGUAAAUGAAGUUAACAAAUUCCAGAAUUCAGAUAUGUAUCAUGCCACUGAUUUCAAGUUUUCUAAAGACCCGAAACAAGCAAGAAAGAUCAAUUCUGAUCUGAAUAAUCCCAAAACAAAAUAUGAUGGUUUGGUGAGACUUAACAAGCUUCUUGACUUAUGUGAUGAAAAUAUUAUUUCGGAUAAUGCGGCAACAUGGAUUAAGUCACUGCCUCAUAUAAUUCUCCAAGUCCAUGAUGUUUCAACCACAAGACAACUUGCUGCAGAAAAUUUCAGCUUACUUCUCAGUCAAUCUUGUCAAAUUCCAUCAGUUUCGAGGGAAAUUUCAUCAACGUUGAUACCAACAACAUUAACAAGUUUAUUGCAAGCAAAUGGCAAAGAUGGUCCAGUUGUUUCUGCAAUUUACUCUAUUCUGAUCAACUAUCCGACAUCAUGUGCCGAUUUAAGAUCUAGGAUCGUAAAGUUUGUGAUGUCCUUGAUGAUGUCACCUAUCAGGAAUAAGAGACGAAAUGCAAUAGAAUGCUGGGCUCAGGUUCCUUUUCUUGGUGGUGGAGGUUCACAAAGAUCAACACAUGCACAACAAUGGCAAAAUCAACUUGAUCAAACUAUCCAAUCAUUAAAAUUUUCAUUUCGUUUGUACAUGGGAGAAGAUCGUGAAGAUGUUUCAGACCCAUGUGUUGGGAGCCUCUCGCUCCCUUUUUUGCAACUUCCUAAUACAGAACCAGAGCUUUCAGAUGUCUUGAUACAAAGAAUUUGCACUUUAUUUGAAUGUCUUCAGGCACUGAUGAAUGUUGAUUUUCGAGCAGUUGUACAAAUUCCAAUCAAGUCAAUUAUGACAACUUUGUUUGAUGUUCUUGAUAUUAUUCCGUCACAACUGGGAAAUACAUCUGAAAUGUUGCAUCGUGCUUCAUUCAUACCUCUUAUUCAAGGGACUGCUUUACAGCUGUUUGGGAAACUAACUCAUAUUUGUAACCGGAACCUAUGUCAAUAUUCGUCAAGAGUUAAUAGAACUUUAUAUUCUUUGCUUGAUUUGUGGAAAGACAAAUCACCUGUUCACGGAAAAAAUAAAAAAUACAAUUUAAUAAGGACUCAAGUAUAUACAGCUAUAUUGGAAUGGAUAAAGAACUGCGGAGUAACAUGUAGAUUCUUAUGUGGACCUAAUCAUCUUAACCAGAUUGUUUUGAAACAUAUUAUCGAUGAUUUCAUUCCUAUGAGUAAUACUCUGAAGGUUACCAAUGCCACAGUUCAAACUAACAAUAGCAAGAAAGCAAAAAAACGAAGACUAAAUGAAGCAUCACAAGAAUUACUUCACAGCUCAUCUUGUGAUAGAAUUCGCAAUCCUAAAGUUAAUUUACAGCUUUGCACGAGUACUUUGAAAGUGAUAUUGGAAGCCAUUAGCACACUCGGCCAUCGCCUAUUCAGUGAAAUGCACAGAUUAUUGCAGGAAAAUAUUAUAAUCAUUGUAUUAAAAUUACAACAAGGGGAAGUAAUGGAUCCAUACACAAGAUGUUCUGCGCCUCGUUUGUUGCUGUAUAAAGUACUGCUUGCACUAACUUUGUCUCCACCACUCAGUGUAGCACCGCCUACUGCUCUGGUGGUGAAAAUAUUUUCAUUCGCAUUGUCAAACGAAAAAAUUCCUGAAAUAAAAAGUUUUUGUACUGAGGGAAUAUCAAGCUUAAAUGUUGUUAUUCACCCUUGGAGGAACUCAUGGCAUAUAUGUUCAUCUAAUAACAAUGAAAGUAGUGAAAAGCAGGAUCUCAUUAAAAUAGCUCCCAUUAUUGAACCAAUGAAUAUAGAGCAUAUUGAAUCUGAUAUUGAUGAAGAAAAUGAUGAAUGCGAGGAAAAUGGAGAUCAAGAUCUUGGUGACAAUGUUGAGAUGAAAGAGCGUACCUACCAGAAUGGCAUGAGUGAAGAAAAAUCUGAGACUGAGUAUCUUAAAAAUUUUGUGCAUACGCAAGAAGCUUUUUCACUGGAAAAACUAGCCACUAAAGUAAGCAUUGCACAAGCAGAAGAUGUCUCAAAUAAUGAAGCGAUUGGAGCGAUAAACUGUGACAUCGCUAUAGAGAAUAUAGUCGAUGAUGAUGAUUUUGUACAAAGGAGUGAACAAACUGCAAAACCUGCUGAUCUACAAAACAAUACAAGAACAACUUUCCAUUUACCUAAGGUUAACUCAUCAGGAAAUGAUGGUAUUAAUGCAAGUGUGACUGUGGCGAAUAUGGAGGAGUGCGGUGUUGAAGAUAUGGAAGAAGUCAAUAAAAUGCUUCUUGAUUUUGUUGAUGCUUCACCAGAUGAAGAUGAAUGAGUCACAUCAUCUAACUACGAAAGCACAGGUGUACACUCUCUUCCCAGGACCAGUUUAUGGACCCGUUGUUUUCAUUAUCUAUGAACUAAUCAUUGUUCUGGGGAUGUGUGAAUCUAACGAAGCCUGGUUCAGUGAAACAUGCACUACAUAGUUAUUUACCAUGCCUUGAUAUGGAACAGUGAUUUCAACCAGUGUUUCAUAAACGACAUUCAGAUGUUCAGUGUCAAAUGGUUGUUUCUCACUUUUUUUCUGUUUGACAUAUUUAUGAUAACGAAAUAAAAAAGGUAGAAAUGGAAAAUUCACUGAGCACAUAUUUGGUUUAUAAUGAGUCUGUUAUUUGAUAACAAGAAUACGCAGUGCGAACUGUGAAUCUCGUUUCAAGGUUUUAUUCAGAUUUAUCGGUAGUGGCAGUUUGCCAAUGUUUUGAAUGAUGAAUAGAAAAAUUAAAACGUCGGGAAUUGAGAA